GCUAUAUUCUACUGUUUCAAAACAGGACCCACCAACGUAUUCAAUUUUCCCAUAAAAACCCUAUUCCUCUCAUCAUUUCCACAUCCGAUCAGCCAUGCCGACCACAUUCCUCUUCUCCUCCAUUUUUAUCAUCUGUUUAGCUCUCUUCUCACUUGCAGAUGGAGGUUCAAUUGGAGUUAACUACGGUCGAACCGCAGGCGAUCUACCAUCCGCUUUCAAAGUCGUAAAGCUCCUCAAAUCUCAAGGAAUCACCCGCGUCAAAGUAUACGACACCGAUCCAGCCGUACUCAAAUCCUUAUCCGGAUCCAACAUCAAAGUAACCGUAAAUCUCCCAAACCAGCUCCUCUCAGCUGCCGCUAAAAAACCCUCAUUCGCUAACAAAUGGAUCCAACGAAACAUCCUCGCAUACUAUCCCCACACUCAAAUCGAAUCAAUUGCAGUAGGCAACGAAGUUUUCGUCGACCCUUCCAACACCACCUCAUUCCUCAUUCCCGCCAUCAAAAACAUCCACAAAUCACUCGUAAAAUAUAAACUAGAUUCCGUAAUCAAACUCUCAUCACCAAUCGCUUUAAGCGCUUUACAAAACUCCUACCCGUCAUCCGCCGGUUCAUUCAAACCGGAGCUAAUCGAACCGGUUUUCAAACCACUACUACAAUUCCUUAGAAAAACCGGGUCUUAUCUCAUGGUCAACGCCUACCCGUUUUUCGCUUACGAGUCAAACGCUGACGUCAUCUCGUUAGACUACGCCCUCUUCCGUCAAAACGACGGCGUUGUAGACGCUGGGAACGGUUUACGUUACUUUAACCUGUUUGAUGCUCAAAUCGACGCCGUGUUUGCGGCUAUGUCGGCUUUGAAAUACGACGACGUUCCGCUUGUUGUUUCGGAAACCGGAUGGCCGUCAAAAGGUGACGAUAAUGAGAUCGGUUCGACGUUAGAAAACGCUGCGGCUUAUAACGGAAAUUUAAUUAAACGGAUACUUAACGGCGGAGGUACACCUCUUAAACCAAAAGCAAAUCUCACAGUAUUCCUUUUCGCUCUUUUUAACGAGAAUAAAAAACCGGGUCCGGUUUCGGAGCGGAACUACGGGUUGUUUUAUCCGGAUAUGAAACCGGUUUAUAAUAUUCCUUUUACUGUGGAGGGUUUGAAAAAUUUUAGGGAAGAAACGGGUACGGGUAAGGGUGAGAGGGUGGAGGGAAGCGGGUCGGGUCGGGUUUGGUGUGUGGCGAAGGAGGAUGUGGGGAAGGAUAGGCUGCAAGCGGGUUUGGAUUAUGCGUGUGGGGAAGGUGGGGCGGAUUGCCGUCCGAUACAGCCAGGUGCCACGUGUUAUGAUCCUAAUGAGUUGAAAGCACAUGCUUCGUAUGCUUUUAAUAGUUAUUAUCAGAAGAUGGGACGCGCGGCUGGCGCGUGUUAUUUUGGUGGGGCGGGUGUUGUGGUGACUCAGCGACCUAGAUUUGGGAAGUGUGAGUUUCCCACGGGGUAUUGAAGAUGAUGGCAAUAGAAAUCAAGUCGUCAUAUCAUUUAAAAUUUAGCAUUUUUUUACAUAUUUAUGAUAAGGUUUUAUUUCAUUCUAGAUGAUGGCAUAUCUUCUUGUAAUUACCGUAAUCGAAGCUUAUAUUUUUAAGCAUAUGGUGUUACGAGAAUUCCUUUUAGAAGUGUUGCAUUUUUUUGCUAAUUACACUUUU